AUGCCUCACGUCGACAUCUUGUUCAACCAGUUGCAGAAGAGAAAAGCCGAGCCAGCGCAAAUUAAAACGGCUAUCGAUAAUUUUGAAAAAUGUAUUGUCCAUGUGAGAAAUAAAAUUGAUGACAUAAUAAAUGAAGCCAAAAGUAUUUGCACCGAACCCCAAGACAACAAAAGGAGACGACGUAAUAAUAGUAGUCACGAUUACCGAGUUGCCGCAUUAGAAGUAUGCCGCAAUAUAGUGAACUCUAUUUCAAUUCAAAGAUCAUUUGGUAGCCCUUUUUUCCCCGAACACUUUGGAGAAUACUGCGGCAAGUUUCUUGAUGACAAGUUGGAAACCACCUGCUUGGCUUAUCCCGAAAUAGAAAAAAGUCGUUUAAAGACAGAGUUGUCUGUCAUUGAUUCACGGAAUGAUUGCCGAGAUUUACAUGGAACUCUGUCUCUUUUGAAAUUUUUGAUACAAAAUAGUUUGGAGGAAACACUAAAAGAAACAAAAAAGCUAUUAGAAAUUAUUGUUACAACUCCUAUGUCAACAUCAGAGGCUGAGCGAAAUUUGUCAACAUUGAAAAGAAUCAAGACUUUGCUUCGUAAUACUAUGACCCAGGAUCGCCUUACAGCGUUGUCGAUGCUGUUCAUUAAAAAAAAAAUUGUUUCGACAAUGGAAAAUUUCAACGCGAUUUGCAGAACACCUGUUUUAUUUUGCUACGAGCCGCCACUGUGA